AUGUCGAAUACAACUACUGAUCUUACGAUAAAUUUAAUUAAUAAUAUAUCUUCACAACUUAAUCAUUAUAUGACAUUAAUCAUUUUUCUUUUUGGUUCAAUUGGUAAUUUAUUAAAUAUAAUUGUACUUUCACAACCAACAUUACGCAUGAAUCCAUGUGUAUUAUAUUUUCUUAUUUCAUCUAUAUCUAGUCUUGGAAUUCUUCUUGUUGGCCUUCCAUCUCGUCUUAUAGCUGUAUGGACAUUAAUGGAUCCAACAAGUACUAGUUCAUGGUUUUGUAAAUUACGUAUAUUUUUUCUUUAUUCAUUUCGAACAACAACAUCUUGGUUACUUGUAUGUGCAACAAUAGAUCGAUGGUUUUUAAGUCAUAGAAAAAUUCAUAGACGUCGUUUAAGUUCAUAUAAAACUGCUCGGAAAAUUAUUUGUAUUAUUUGUGGAUCGUCAUUUAUACUUUGGUUUGAAUCAAUUUUUUGUUAUGAUGCCAAUGUUGCUAAUGCCCCUUUGCAAUGUUAUGGUAAAUCUAGUAGUUGUCGAAUUUUUAAUGAUAUUGUAUAUGCAAGUUCAACUGUAUCUAUACCAUCAAUACUUAUGUUAAUUUUUGGAUUUUUAACUAUUCAUAAUAUUAAUCGUUCUCUUCAAGCAGUUCAACCAGUUAUGAUUACUAUUGUAUCAGAUGUUAGUCGAAUUAGUAGAAAUCAACGCAGAGGAAUUCGACGUAGUGAAAGUUCUCUUACUCGUAUGCAUCUUUUACAAGUAUUUUUAUUAACACUUUGUUCGAUUCCACAAGCAUUGCAUCAAUUUUAUUUAACUUUUACUAUGGAUAUAUACAAAAGUCCAUUACGUAUAGCUAUUGAAAAUUUUAUUGUCAGUUUUAAUUUUUCACUUACAUAUGUUGGAAAUGGAAUUACUUUCUAUAUUUAUACACUCAAUGGAACAAUAUUUCGUGAAACAUUUACUCAACUUCUACAUACAUUUAUUAGAAAAUUCAAAUUUUAA